AUGGACCACCACAUGCCGGAUCACAGUAUGCCUGACCAUGGCACGAUGCCCCCGGGCCAUAAUCAUGGCGGUGCUAAUGACAGUACUUGUAGCGCCAACAUGCUUUUCACUUGGGAAUAUCAAGAUGUCUGUGUGGUGUUUGAAUGGUGGCAUAUCAAGUCUCAAUUCCAGCUCUUGGCCUCGGUUGUUGCGAUCAUUGCUCUAGCUGCUGGGUACGAAUUUGUGAAAUAUCAAUAUAAACAGUACUCCCGAUCCCUGACGUCUUUCAAAGGGUUGCCAACUCCUGCCACCACUGGUAGCUAUGCUAAUAAGGUACCAAAUGACACGAGACUCAAGACUGCAUUGUUCUACGGUGUUCUUGUCGGAUACUCGUUCAUGUUGAUGCUUGUGUUUAUGAGUUUUAAUGGUUGGUUAAUGGGUGCGGUGGUUGUCGGGGCAGCUGUGGGACAUUACAUCUGGGGUAACAAACAAGUAGGAAAUGGGGUUCAAGAUUUGCUUCUGUUGUCAACAGAUAGCCUUGAAGGUGAAUCUUUGGCUUGCCAUUAG